GACACAAUACCCGUCAGUCAUAGUCAUUCAAUUGUUACAAAACUUCUUUCUCCAAAGAUUACUUUUAGAACAAAAAGAACUUUUAAAUGUAAUGUCUGAUUAAAAAACGUAAUAAAAUAGAUAGAACAUUUUUUUAGAAGGCAUACAACUUUAUUAUUGCGAAUCGAUGACAUUUUUUUGAGAUGAGUCGUAUUUCCAAAUAAAAAAUGAAGGUCAUUGAAGGAAAAGUUGUUUUGUUGGGUGCACAAGGUUGUACUACUAUCACCUGUAGGGAAGACAAGUUUACUGAUGCGAUACGUAAACGACACCUUCGAUAAUCAUAGUCCUCCAACGAUAGGCGCUUCAUUUUGUACUUGCAAUCUAUCAAUUGGCGAUAUCAAAAUUAUUUUUCAGGUUUGGGACACAGCAGGAAUGGAAAGAUUCCGAUCAAUGGCACCCAUGUACUAUCGAAAAGCAAAUGCUGCUCUUCUUGUUUUUGACUUGACGAAUCAUGCAAGUUUUGCCAUGGUAAAAAGUUGGGUAUCUGAAUUAAAGAGAAAUAUUGAGGAGGCUAUAAUUCUUAUUGUUGUCGGUAAUAAAAGUGAUUGUGUAAAUGAGAGAAAAAUUGAUUCCGAAGAAGGGAGAAAAUAUGCUGUCUCAAUAGGAGCAUUCUAUCAUGAAACAUCAGCACUUUAUGGAGAAGGUAUUGAUGCAGUUUUUCAAACAAUUGCCACUCAAAUGUUAAAGCUAAGUGAUCACAAACACCUAAUUACAAGUAUUAAAGUUUAUAAUUCUAAUGCGGAUGACAAUAUUUUAGUGACUCCAGCUAGUGAAGACUUUCAUAAUACUAGUAUUGCGCAUGGUGUUCACGAGAAACCAUUUUUAUGUUGUUAGUUUAACAAAAAAAAAAAAUGGAGGCACAUAAUUAUUCCAUAAUUAAACGUAAUUAAAAAAAAAAUCAUUUUUAAAUGCCAAAAUUUUCAUUAAACCAAAUCCUCAUUUGUUCGAAUUUUUAUUAACACAAAAUGUUAUUUAAUAGAUAUCUUAAAACUGAGAAUUUUCAUUUAACCUGCAUUGCAAAUGAUCGAAUAAUCAAAUGGCAAAAAUAUUUCGGUGCCAAUUUUAAAAUUGACCAAUAAAAAACUGUCACUAAAAUUGUGAUUGGUAAAUUUUAAAAUUGGCACCGAAAUAUUUCUGCCCCUUUGCUUAUUCGACCAUUUGCAAUGAAGGGGAAAUGAAAAUUCUGAGUUUUAAGAUUUCUAUUAAAUGACGUUUUGUGUUAAUAAAAAUUCGAACAAAAUGAGGAUUUGGUUUAAUGAAAAUUCUGGCAUUUAAAAAUUCGACUCAGACGAAAUUCUGUUUAAUAAGAAUUCUAAUAAAUAAAAAUUCAGAUUAAAAAGAAUUCAUUUUAAUAAAAAGUGUGCUAAAUGGAAAUUAUAUUCAGAAAGAAUAUUCUGUUAAAUAUAAAAAUUCUGGUUAAUUUAAAUUUUAUUAAAUAUUAAUUCGAAUAAAUAAGGAAAAAUAAACUAAUUCACAUUAUGGAAUAAUCAUGCGCUCCGAAAAAUGAGAUUUAAUCUCUUUUUUAUUUUAAAAAUUACACUUAUUUUUAAUUUCAUUAAAAUAAUAUAAUAUAUAAAUGACGAUAUUCCGCAAAAUGAAAUUUAUUUAAUUCAAAUAAUCGGUUACUUGAUUAUUAUCAAAUAAAUAUUUAUUUUUAUAUAUUAUACAUUAGUAUAUCAAAAUUAUUUAUUAUUUGAGUCAAUUAAAUGGUAUUUGUUUCAAAUACAGAAAUUAUUUUUUCAAAUAAUUAUUGUUUCAAAUACAGUUUAUUUAAUUCAAAUAAAAAUUAUUUGGUUCAUGUAAAUAUUUAUUUGAUAAUAGUAAAGUAACCGAUUAUUUGAAUCAAAUAAAUUUUUUUCAGUGCGCAAUUACAGCUUUUAAAAAUGUCCGCUAAUUCCUAUACUUCCCUUUGAAUAGGAUUUUUUUACAAAAUCUGAAAAACUAUUAAAAAUUGAAAAAUUAUUAUAACAUUUAUAAAAAUUGUUUUAAUAAUAUUGAUAUUUAAAAAUCUGGAUUAGUAACAUUUUUAACUAAUUUGAAUUAGUGAUUCAAAAGCAAAAAAGUGAAAGAAAAAAAAUUGCCGAACAUUUUUAAAAAGUGCAACUGCGCAAACACCGUCAAGUCGCUUUUGAAAUUUUAAUUUAAUAAAUUUUAAUUUUCGUUUCACAUAUAUGAAUAUGUGUUCACAAGCA